CAAUAGUAUGUGUUUACAAAAUACAGCAAAAUACAGCAUAGAAUUCCAUAAAGUUAGAACGCUUAUGAGUUUUUUUCUGAAUGUCAAUAAAAUAAUGUUCGGCUUUAUUUAUCAGUCCUAAAGGCAAAUAAUUCUACAUGGUAAAUGUAUAAUUACCUUAAUUAAUCAAAAGUUGUAAAUUAUGCGAGCAGUCAUUACCUUUAUUCUCUAAUUGGGUACAUUUGGCUUCCGUUCAACCGACAAAAACUUCCAUUUUGUCAUUCAAUCUGGUGGUUUCAUAGAAAAGAAACGGUUAAAAACAAUAGGAAUAAUAAUCACUGCUUUAAUGAAUGACAUGAAGUACAAUUCUUUUUGGUUUAUUUUCAUUAUUCGGGUUCAUAAACAACUAACCAUUCAAAAUGGAUUGUAUUUAAGCCUUACCAUAUUCCUAGUACGACAGCCGAAGUGGUGUUCAUGUAGAUCUGGUGGUCACUGGACUUCUGCGGAAAGUCGAAUUCUUAUUACUGGUAUUCUGAAUCUUUAUAGGAACCAUUAAAUGACAUUUAUCGUAUGCAUUUGUUUCAGAAGCUGUAACCAAAGACGCAAAAAUGGAGUCUACCUACACACAGGACUCACCUAUUAAGCAAAAUGUUUCAAAUUUGUCAACAAUAUAUUCUUACACACUUUCUGAACCUGAAGAUAUCAUUGCAGUAGUUGAAGAAUAUGCAGUGCCAAUAAUCUGCAUCUUUGGUAUUAUUGGAAAUACCAUAUCAGCAUUUGUGUUUCUACAUAAGGUCUUAAGGGGCAACUCUUCAAGUCUUUUCCUCGCAGCACGGAGUAUUUCUGACAACGGGUUCCUUGCGACGCUACUUACAAUCUGGGCGUCUUCAGUUUACGGCCUACAUCUUGGUAGCGUUCCCGGUUUGUGCCAAGCCCUGAUUUUCUUCACCUACUUCUUCGGAUGUGUUUCAGUCUGGCUUGUUGUAUUUGUAACGGCGGAAAAUUACAUCCGAAUAUGCAGACCAUUCCUAGUCAAGAAGAUGUGCAAUACAACAAAUGCGAAAAUCUCUAUGAUCAUUUUGCUCGCUCUGGUCCUCAGUAUCUACAACUUUCCGUUUUGGACGAUGGCGGAACAGUGCACACCUUACAGAAAAUAUUACGAUUUUAUCCAAAUCAUGGUAUACAUUGACUCAGUUCUGACAUUAAUCGUCCCAUCAACUAUUAUGACAGGCCUGACGUCCGCUAUAGUUGCUACAACAAUAGCUUCGUGCAAGCGACGCAGUAGGAGGAUGAGCACAUGUUCUGUAACGACCGCUGAAAGCCCAUUGACAAGGGUUACCAAUAUGCUUUUAGCUGUGACACUCACCUUCUUCAUCUUGAACUUGCCGCAUCACGCUGUUCGGUUCAGACUCAUGAUUCUAGCAUUCGUUGAAAAACAAAGUGUGGCUGCUACAUUGCCGUUGGAAAUCACGAUGCAGUCCAUCUCACACUUGUUGUAUUAUCUAUCACUGGCCAUCAACGUCGUGAUCUACAGUAUUUUCAGUAGUAAAUUCCGGACAACUAUCAAGGACUUUGCUAUGAGACGGGCUACACGUCGGAACAUCCAUACAAGGAACGUUAUUCCAAGUUAUCCAAUGCGUAGGGCGGACCUCUCACUGCAGGAGUUUCCGGGAAAAAGAAUAAAGAAUAACAACGAAGAAACAUUCCCGUUGCGACGUUUCCAAAGCUCAAUUUUAUAAUUCUUCUUACGUCGUGAAUCUGAAAAGAAUGAGAUAUACUAGUAUGUUAAAGUUUACAGAAACAGUUUAAAUAAUCGCAUUUCAGACAAACAUUUGAAGUCAUACUGAUUUCAGUUUAGCAUUUUGCUUAAAUUAGAAAUAAUGCUAAAUAUGAAAGGAGUAACUGCGUUCUAAAAAACGCAUGCCCACAAAACACAAUCUUACAGCAGGUAUGUAUGGAUGUGAAAGCGAUAAAUAUGGAGAAUUUAGGAUAUUUCGUCACAUUGGCGUGUUCUCUUUCUUGUCAUCCUGUCGCGUGCGCUAGCGCGCCAUAACAGAUUUUCAGAAGUUUCGUUAUGUAAUGUUAUGUGCGUGUGCGACUAACGAAAUUAUAAAUGUGCCAUAAUGAGACAUUGAACACAAAAGAACGGAACAUUCAAUUUCGCGUGAGCUCAGGCGACAUCAACAAAAAAUGUGGCACGCCAUGACAACACAAUAAGCUGCGUGCACGCCCACGCGGCACAACGAAGUCUUUGUUAACAGUGCAAGCGCCAACGUGAAACAACGAAACAUUUUAUUUCGUCUUGGCACAUGUCCCAACACGAACUUUUUGUCGUUUACGCGCACGCCAGCAUGAAAUGAAAUGUUUCGUUCUUCUCGCUCUUACUGUGUCCUUGUGUCACCUUGAUAUUUUACCGUUGCGUGUGCCAAGACGACAUAACGAAUUUUUCAAAAUCUGGUUAUAGCAUGUUAGCGCAAACGCCAGAAUGAUACAACGAAAUGUGUUGCAUAAGCCUCGCGCACGCCAUUUCGGCAUAGAAAGAUUUCCCAAAUAAGUCGCCAGAUAGACAAUUUACACAAAAAUGCAUAAACGAAGUGAAACAAAUAGAAAACAAGGAGAAAACAAAUAAUGAAGGAACGCGCUGGUACCUGCCCUGGAAUUCCUUGAGAAUUUAAACCUGUUACAAUGUUGCAAAGUUACAUAACGAUGUAGUUUAAAAAAAUGACUGGCUGAAGUCACGUUUUCAUUCCAUCCUCCUAUUUCAGGGUUAGGCAUACACCAUAACCAAGUCUGUUUUAUAAGGCAUGUUGCACAGAGUAACCAAGUAUCUAAAAUAACAUCUUUCCCUUGUAUCAACUAGACUCUUGCUGUUUGAUUCAAUAAUCCUGCAGCACGAUUUUUUGAAAAUUCAUGCCUAAUUUUUGCACCAACUAUACAUCGUUCUGGACGUCAGGGGCAGUAGAAGAAUCAUUUAGAAGAUAAAUAUAUCUGUAGGCUAUUCUUUAUUAUCUUUCAUCUUUAUGUCAAACAAUUAUUUUUCAUAUAAAUUUUGGCCAACAGAAAUUUUGAAGAAGUAUUUGUUUUCAAAAAUGGUUCGAAAGGUUCACGCUAGUAAUACAAGAACCAAUUGCCAAAUGAAAUCAAUUGCAAUUAAAUAAGAUAUUGUUUCCAAAAUGGCUGCAGUGAUAAUAACCCCGUCGAAAAUAUGUUCAUGAUAAAUUCAAACUUAUCACUAUAGUUUGAAAAACUAAACUGCUCUUUAUAAUUGAGCCAUGCCAUGAGAAAACCAACAUAGUAGG